GCAUUUAGGAAUCUUUAAGAUUACUUAUAACAGAACAUUGCAGAAUGCAUUUUAUGGACGACCGUUUCGUGAACCUACACUGUAAAAAAUUGUGCCGUUAAAUAACAGUACUUUACUGGCAGCAGGGGUGCCAGUGAAGUACUGUUAAUUUACAGCUUUCAACCUUUAAUUUACAACUCUUAAUUUUUUUUUUACAGUGUGUGGCGAGGGGGGCAUGGGAAGGCGGAAAGCUGCAGCGGGAGAAAGCGUGUGGGGACGUGAGGUAAUAAGGAGGUCAAAUGAUUAAUGAUUAACACCUGUUUUUAAUUCCAGUGAUUGGGGGAGAGAGGAGUUAUAAGCGCCCUGUAGACCAGGAUUGGGAGAGGGAAGCUGACUCGUUGAAUGUGAACGUGCAGAGAGUGCGUGUCUGUGGGCAAAGGCAGAGAGCCGAGCCACAGUUUACUUUAGUUUAUUUUUGUUUAUUCUGAGUUAAAUAAAGCGCCUUGUUCACCACCCCUGACUUCCUUGUCUUUAUCUAAUGAACUGUAUUACACUGGUGCUGAAACCCGGGACAAGGAAGCCGACUCGCUGCCAUGCAGCCAGCUGCAGCAAUGCCACUUGCGGAGCUUGUGAAGUCGCUCGCCGGGCUUCACCAAACACAACACCAGGCACUGAUGGACCUCAAACUGGAGCAGGAGGAUCGGUUCCAGCUGUUGGUCCAGGCGCAGGAGGAAGACUGGCGAGUCUUCCGGAGCUGGUUUGGCUGGGAGGACGCCCCAGUAGCAACCUCCUCCUUCGCUCACGUCCCGCUGAUGAAGAUGGGUCCACAAGACGAUCCAGAGGCGUUUGUGGAUCUCUUUGAGAGAACAGCGGAGGCGUGUGGGUGGGCGUGCACCCAGUGGCCGGUCCGCCUCAUUCCGCUGCUAACUGGGGAGGCACAGGUGGCAGCCCAACAGCUGCCUGUGGCGAACCUCCUAGCCUAUGACGACCUGAAACGGGCCAUCCUUCAGCGAGUCGGCCGUACCCCUGAACAACAUUGGCAACGCUUCCGGUCAAGGGAGCUGGGGGACAGUGGCCAGCCAUUCGUGAUGGCCCAACAGCUCCGAGAUGCUUGCGGCAGGUGGUUGUUGGCGGAGGAAUGCGACGUCGAGGGAGUGGUCGAUCUGGUGGUACUGGAACAGUUCAUCGCUCGGCUACCGCGGGGGAACAGCCGGUGGGUCCGGUGCCACCGCCCGACGUCGCUGACGCAGGCUGUCCAGCUGGCGGAAGACCAUCUGGUGGCGUGCCCGGGGGGUGGCGAGCCCCUUUCUAGCCUCUCUCUCUCUCCCCUCUCCUUCCCUUUCCCCUCCCUCUCACCCUAUUCCUGCUCCCAUGACCCGAAUUACAUGCCCCCACGAGCCCCACAGCGGGGUGGGGCCUUCCAGGGGAACAGGUCAGGGACACGUUGAUCUGGGUCCCCGACCACCUGGCGGCUGCCCCCAAUCAAGCUGGACUGUACCAAAUACCUUGAUUGGGGGAGAGAGGAGUUAUAAGCACCCUGCAGACUGGGAAGAGGGAGAAAGAAGCUGACUUGUUGAAUGUGCGAGUGCCGAGAGUGUGCGUCUGUGGGCAAAGGCAGAGAGCCGAGCCACAGUUUACUUUCGUUUAUUUUUGUUUAUUCUGAGUUAAAUAAAGAGCCUUGUUCGCCACCCCUGACUUCCUUGUCCUUAUUUAACGAACUCUAUUACACAGUGUUUUACCAUAAUUCUACCAUGGAAAUUAACUCCACUCCCACUGCUUCAAACAGUUUGAGUUUAAAAACUAGCAUUCAUACUGUACGAUGUUAGUACUGUGAACUAAUUUCAUUUGAGUCCACUGAGAAGGAAUAUUUCUUAAUAUAAAACUGCAAACACUUAAUGUAUAAUAGUAAAGUAACUAAAAGCAUGACUUUUACUCAAAUCACCGCAGUUCAUUGUCAGCUAUAGCACACAUGUAUGUGCUGAAAUACUUAACACAGAGAUCACCACUGUAUCAGCAAGUCCACAUUUACUGUCUUUAUAUAAAAGCAGCAGAAGAUCAGUGUUUGUGGCUCAUCAUUGACUGAAGCACAGGCUCUACUCUCCAGCACAAUGGUG